CUAGUUAUUUUUACACCCUAGCAAGGGAAACUGAAAUGGACUCGCCCAAUAAGUAUAGCUGAUUUCCAGCUUUCUUUUAAUUUCACUGCCGGUGGAAGUGCAUACUUUCAAGUUCAUCCGUAAACGCAAGCAAUUCUGACUGGUUCCCAAGUUAUACGCUUCACGAACUGUCAAUUCGGUAUUGACGUUGGGGAUUUUCUCUAUACAUCAAAAUAUCCGAUAAAUAUUCAGUAUGCCAUUUAGAACAACUAGAACAGUUCGUACUACUCGCCCUGACGGGACAGUUGAAACUAGAACCUAUACCGACGGUGACGACGGCGGAUCGUUUGGUGGCGGCAUGAUGGAUUUCGGAGGAUUUAGAAAUAAGUUUGGAAAUAUGAAAAUCAGUUUCGGUGGAGGUGAUAGUGGAGAUGGGGGGUAUAGCUAUAGUCUCGGUGGGGGUGGAAGACAAACCCAGCGAGGAUGUGUUUCUGGAAGAAGUCACCGCAAGGAAAAGAAAAAUCCAUUUGCAGGGCUGGGGAAACAAAGCUAUGAGGAAAUUGUUAAGAAGUGUAAGGAAGAAGGUUGCUUGUUUGAAGAUCCAGAGUUUCCAGCAGAGGAUGCUUCUAUCUUCUUUAGCAAGUCACCUCCGAGACCAUUUGAAUGGAAGAGACCAUCGGAAAUUUGUGAUGACCCCAAGUAUGUCACUGGUGGGGCUAGUAGGUUUGAUGUCCAACAGGGUGAACUUGGUGAUUGUUGGUUACUGGCUGCUGUUGCCUCACUCACAUGUAAUUCUCAUCUCCUAAACAAGAUCAUCAUUCCAGAACAAGAUUUCUCUGGAGACAACUAUUGUGGAGUAUUUAAAUUCAACUUCUGGCAUCAGGGAGAUUGGAUUCAGGUGGUUGUUGAUGACAGACUGCCCACAUACUAUGGCAACUUGGUGUUUAUGCACUCAACAGACAAAAAUGAAUUCUGGAGUGCACUUCUGGAAAAAGCUUAUGCUAAGUUGAGUGGUUCGUAUGAAUGUCUGAAGGGAGGCAGCACAAGUGAGGCAAUGGAGGACUUCACUGGUGGUGUAACAGAGUCUGUUGACCUGCAGAAAGCCCCAACUAACCUCCUCAAUAUUAUGAUGAAGGCUCAUGCACGUGGCUCUCUGAUGGGCUGCUCUAUUGAUGCUGACCCUUCACAACUUGAGGCUAUAUGUGAUAAUGGUUUGGUGAUGGGACAUGCUUACUCUGUCACUAGUGUGAAACUGGUGGAGAUUCAAACCCCGAAAGUGAGUGGUAAGAUCCCACUGGUACGAGUGAGGAACCCCUGGGGUAAUGAGAGUGAAUGGAACGGGGCAUGGAGUGAUAAGUCAGCUGAGUGGACGUACAUACCAGAUGAUGAGAAACGUAGUCUUGGUCUUACCUUUGAUGAUGAUGGAGAAUUCUGGAUGUCAUUCCAGGACUGGCAGAAUAACUUCCAGAAACUUGAAAUCUGUAACUUGGGCCCAGACUCCCUGGAUGAGGAAGAAAUGUCACAGGGAAAGAUCCGCUGGGAGGCUACUGCUGAACGUGGAGAAUGGAUACCAAGAGUGAAUGCUGGUGGAUGUAGAAACUAUCUGGAGACAUUUGCUACAAAUCCCCAGUACCGAGUUGUACUCACUGACCCUGAUGAUGAUGAAGAUGACCUUUGUACAAUGUUAGUUGGUCUCCUACAGAAAGACAGACGUAAGAAACGUAAGGAAGGACUGGACAUGUUGACCAUUGGUUAUGUCAUCUAUAAGAUGAAGGAAGAUGGAUCUUUUGGAUCUGGACCACUAGAUUGUCGUUUUUUCAAGUACAAUGCUAGUGUAGCUAAAUCACCCUCGUUUAUUAACAUGCGUGAAAUAUGUGGCCGUCAUAAACUGUCUCCCGGAACCUAUGUCAUCAUCCCAUCAACCUUUGAACCAAACCAACAGGGAGAGUUCCUUCUCCGAAUCUUCACAGAAAAGGCAGGAACUUCAGAAGAAAUGGAUGAAGGAACAUCACUGGUUGAUAACCAGCAUAGACAGUAUGAUGAACAAUAUGGCAGCAGUGCACCUGGACAACAUGACUCUUACACAGGGAGUGAUCCACCCCCUCUUGGAUUUGAUCUUAUGACUAAAUCUGAUAUAAAUCAUGAUAAUCCUUUGCCAGAUUUUUCGAUAUUCAAUCAGUAUCCCUCAGGUCCUUAUGGUGGACCUCCAACAUCACAAGGUUAUCAGCCUGAUCCUUACAAUCCUGGUCAGCCAUAUGCUCCACCAGGUACAUACAAUCAGGGGUACCAGCCAAUGCCUGGUGGCCAGUAUGACCAAUAUGCAAGUUCUGCUGGUUACCAGCCUCCACCUCCACAGCCUAAUCAGUAUAAUCCCCACCCUGCUUAUAAUGUAGGGUACCAGCCAAAUCCAUAUGGUCAACCAAGUGAUCCAUAUAAUACCAAUCCUUAUCAACAACCAUCUCAACAGUUAGGAUUUGGUGCUCCACCAGGUCAGUACCAAGCUACCCCAGGUUACAACCCAGCUGGCCAGCCAUAUAGUCAGCCAAAUCAGCCCUAUGGUUGGCAGGGUGGGAACCCUAGUCAGUACAAUCAGCCCCCAUCUGGUCACUACUAUCCAUAUGGUCAGGGUGAGGCUAUGGAGCAUGCCCGGCACUCUUCCAUGUUAUCAGCAGAACCUGGGCAACCUACUGCACCAAAGAGAGGUACAUCUAGUCACAGCGGUAUGAGGUCUGCCCAUCGUUCACCCAGCCCUGUCAUACAUACAUAUGAACAGGCCAUCGAAUUUCUCACUAAACAAUGGAAUCAAGAAGCCCCUCCAAUGACAGAGGAAGACCAGGCACAGGGUCAGGAACUGAGGGAGAGUUUUAAACGUAUUGCUGGAUCAGAUCUAGAAGUUGAUGCUUACGAACUAAGGGACAUUCUGAACUCAGUCUUUACUAAAGGCGAUGCUUCAAAGUUCAAGUUUGAUGGAUUUGGUUUGGAUGUCUGCAGAAGUAUGGUGGCUAUGCACGAUGGUGAUUUAUCUGGAAAACUAGGAUUUGAUGAAUUUAAACAGUUGUGGCAAGAUCUGAGAAAAUGGAAGGCAGUAUUUAAAGAGUUUGACAAAGACAACAGUGGACUUCUUAGUACUUAUGAAUUGAGAGGUGCUUUCAGAUCCAGUGGUUUUAAACUUAGCAACAGGUCCCUCUCUGCAAUUAUUCUGAGGUUUAGCAACAAGAAAGGAGAGAUUGAAUUUGAUGAUUUUGUUUUGUGUGCAAUUAGAUUGAAGACCAUGAUAGCAUCAUUUAAAGCAUAUGACCAGCAAGGUCAAGGCGUGGCAGCUUAUGACAUUGAUACAUUUAUUCAGACAACUAUGUACUCAUAAACACCAGCAAGCUUGCAGUUGAUGGCAGGAACAUGAAGUUACCAAUGUUGACAUAAACAGUAGAAGAACACUUUUAUACAGUAGAAAAAUACAUAGUGUAGGAAUAUAUUAACCUUUGACAUUAUUGUCUGUUGUACUGGACUAUGUUAUAACAGAUUAUAUGAGAUUUAUUACCUGUUGUAGAUUUUAUAAACCUUUGGGGUAGUUUAGUGUAAUUUACCCUGAUAUACCCUUUGCUUAGUAGACAAAUUCUCAUUUAAGUUGAAUAUAUUUGUAUGCAUUUUCUAGGUAUUUUGCAAUGUUUUUACCUUUUAUUUUAACUAUUUGAGGCUAUAAAUGUUGUGAUAAAGUAUAUUACUGAAUAUUUGUUAAAAAAAACAAGUUUUUUUGCUUGACAGGAAAAUACUGUGUAUAAUCAACGGCAAUCCUUUCUUUAUAUACAGAUCUAAAUAAAAACAUUUAUGUCUACUUAUACAGUCAUAAAAUUUUAUUCAUAUUCUGUCUUUACUGAAGUCAACGUUUUUCAUAUUUUUACAAAUUUUUCAGAUUUUUUAUGAGCAUAUAAACAAGGUUUAGCAUUUGCUAUUAACAAGUACAGGGUACAUUUAUUAGUUAAUACAGUGUCUGACAUACUGUUCUAGGAGAUUAAGAGUUUUGCUAUCAGUUACAAACUAUGAUACUACUAGAAAUUAUAUUAGUUGGUAACUUGUAAAAUACUAGAAAAAAAUCUAUAUGAAUGACAUUUUUGUCUGUCAUUAUUUACUGUUGAGUAAGUAAAAAUUGUAGGAAUGUAGAAGCUAUGAUAAAACAUAAUUUCUUACUAUUUAUAUAUUCUACCUCAUGAUGCAAAAGGUACCUUGCCAGCGUCAUUAAUGCAAUUAUCAAUAUUUGCAUUUCUUUUUAAAAUUUUGAGAUUGUUUUAUUUUGGAUAGAUAAAAGCUAUGCAUGCAUCUUGUCUUGAAUAUUCCUCCCUUUUUGAAAUCAUUUUAAUGAAAGUCAAGUGAAAUAUUUUUUUUACUUUGCUUGGUAAAUUUUGUGGUGAUGGGGCAAUAUGGGAUAUUUUAUUUAUCUAUGAUUUAUAAUUGGCUAACGAUUGGUGUUAAUUCUUAAAGGAAGCACUUGUUAUUAUGAAAUGUUGUAAUUAUGUCUUCCGUACAAUUGUUAAAAGCAUUUCGUUUCUUUGACCAAAGUGCCUGUGUCAUGUCCUGUGAUAAGGUCCACUUGUUACCUGUGCAUAAACACACCUGUGGACAAGCGUUUUUAUAAUUUAGGCACUUAUUAUUUGUUUUGUUUUUGUCUCUUUUUUUAAAUGACUUAAAAAGAGUAGGUUGAAAUUUAAAUGGAAAUAUUUUAUUUAUUAGGUUCUACAUAGAAUUAAGCUAUGAAUUCACAUACAAAACUUGUUUGUAGCAUUGUUACAAUGUAGGUUGUUAAUUUUAUUAUUCUUUAUAAGUCAUUUCAUUAUGAAUUAAUUACCCUUUUCUACCUACAUGAGUGAAAAACAUUUAUUUUGCUUAUGUUCUGACUGUGCUAAUUUUGAGAGACUUAUAUUUUCUUACUUUCUUAUUCUUUAUCACUUAUUGAGAUUGUUUACAGUUUAUAAAUUGUUGCUUUUACAUUAUGUGUCUUUGUUGAAUGUCAGUUUAUAGUUCAUAUUGAAUGUUUCGAAAGCAGUCUUUUACAAUGAAUUUUAUUUUUACAUUCAACUUGUCAUGGCACCUUUAUGCUAUUUUAUAUAAGCUUGAUCAAAAACAUUGGUAAAAUCUCUCUAGCAAUAUCAGCACAAUCUGAAAAUAUGUUAUGGUUUUACAUUCUUUAAAGAUGAUUGGCAUUUCAGUGGAAAUGUAUAAACUUUUGUUGUUGAUUUUUUUUAUCAAACACGUCAGUUGUUAUUGAAAUAUUGCAAGUUUUUGAAUCUCUUGUCACCUUAAAUUGUUGCUAGGGAAAGUAUUGCCAAUGUAUCUGGAUACUAUAGCAAUAAUGUAAGAUAUAUAGUCUUGAGUUAAUAAAUUAUUUACACCAA